UUGCUGUUGUCUGUUGGUAACCACCUUGUUUCAGUUCCACUGUCUGUCAAUUUCACUUCACUCCUUCUCCCAUCUUCUACAUCCCCUUGAGGUGCAUAGUAUCAAUCACCUUCUUCAUUCACUUCAACCUUCAUUAUUUUUCCUUCAUGACAUGAACAAAAAAUUCUCCAUUCCCACCACGCAACCCGGGCUUCUUCAAGUUCCGGUGCAGCCAUGCCUUCCUCUUCCCCCAAGUCCUUCUUCUACGCCCGCCCCGCCACCACACCAUUCUCUUCUUCUCGCAUCAUCAUCCUCACCUUCCUCCUCCUCCUUGGCCUCUUCGCUUUCUUCUUCGGAUUCACCGGUUUUCGCGACCAUCGCUGCCUCAACCGCGACCCUAGAUCGGUUCGCGUGCUCUGGGACCAUGGCCCUACCUCCCUCCGCGACCACCUCAAUGUUGCUGAUACUGAUAGGCAUAAAGUCAUGGCGUUUGUUGGCAUUCAAACCGGGUUCGGAUCCGUCGGUAGGCGCCAAUCUUUGAGGAAGACUUGGUUUCCUUCCGAUCCGAAUGGACUCCAGCGCCUGGAAGAAUCCACUGGCUUGGCUUUUAGGUUUGUUAUUGGAAGAACGAGUGAUAGAUCAAAGAUGUCUGUGCUUAAAAGGGAAGUAGCAGAAUAUGAUGAUUUCAUUCAAUUGGAUAUUGAAGAGGAGUACAGUAAGCUCCCAUACAAAACGUUGGCUUUCUUCAAAGCUGCUUAUGCACUUUUUGAAGCUGAUUUUUAUGUCAAAGCUGAUGAUGACAUAUAUUUAAGGCCAGAUCGUCUAUCGUUACUUCUGGCAAAAGAGAGAUCUCAUCCUCAGACUUACAUAGGAUGCAUGAAAAAGGGCCCUGUUUUCACUGAUCCGAAACUGAAAUGGUAUGAGCCACUUUCUAAUUUGCUUGGAAAGGAGUAUUUUCUUCAUGCUUAUGGUCCUAUAUAUGCUCUUUCCGCUGAUGUUGUAUCAAGCUUGGUUGCUCUUAGGAAUAACAGUUUCCGAAUGUUCAGCAAUGAGGAUGUUACAAUUGGAGCUUGGAUGCUUGCAAUGAAUGUCAACCAUGAGAAUAACCACGAACUUUGUGCUCCAGAGUGCACGUCUACAUCAAUCGCGGUGUGGGAUAUUCCAAAGUGUUCAGGUCUAUGCAAUCCAGAAAAGAGAAUGUUGGAACUCCAUCAAAUGGAAAGCUGCACUCAGAGUCCAACUGCAGAAUCUGAUGAAUAGUGUUCUCUAUAUAUCUAUGAAGUGAAGUUAAGAAGUUUCUUGAAGAUUGCUUGCUCUUGUUAUGUUUUACUGCCAAGAGCUGCUACCAUUGCAUUACUUUUCUACCCAUUAACCUUUCGCUUUCUAAUUCACAUUUCUUCCGGUCAGAACCCCCUUUCUUUUCUUUUCUUUUCUUUUUGUUCCACUCAUUUUCCCCUUAGAUUCUUUCCUUUUUUCCCUCCUUCUUUAGGAGACAAAGGCUUUACAUAGAGCACCAGAAAAUAGGUAGAAUUUACGGACGAUGAUGUCAUUCAACUGCACUAAUUACCUGAUUCUAAUGUCAUUCUUUUGUUUAGAUUAUAUGUACAAGUCAAUCGUGUCAUUCUUUUAAAGAAAUGGAGCAUUAGUCUUUUGUCUGAA